CGUUAUUGUCUACCCUAAAUCACAUGCCAAUGUUCCCAAUCAUUGUCCUCUUCUUCUUCUUCCUCCGUAUUGUUGGCUUCCAUUAUUAAUCCUCCAACGGCUAUAUUUUUCCUUCACAUUAUUCAAAUUAUUCCUAACGGUCCAUUUUCCCACAUAAUAGCUCACUUGCUAACCAACAAAAUCAAAUCUCCCCCCUAACCUAUUCCUAUCCCUAAUUCCUAUUCACCUUCUUCUUCCUCUUCUCUCUCUCUCUCUCUCUCUCUCUCUCUCUCUCUCUCUGUUCUGCAAUGGAGGUUACUAAUGAAAAUACCAAAGUUCAACACGUCACCAAAAAGUCAUCGGACGAGUUGCUUAGGAAAUUUGCCGAACUGGAAUCAGAUCCCGCCGAUGAAGCUGCGGCCAGGAAGGAGUUAAGGUUGGCGAAAAGGCGGAGGAGAGUCGCCGGAAAGUUGAGAGGAUCUGAUAAUGGUAGUGGAAGCUUGGUGGAGAUAAAAUGGCUUCUUCCCCCGGCAACCAGGAGGUGUGCAUUGGUUAGGCAACUUGGGAUUGGAAGGUCAAUGAUUAAAGCUAGAGAUCUCAGGAACAAAUCUUUCAUUGGAACCAUUGAAAAGACAUGGCGAAAAACUGUAGAAGGAGCUUCUAGAGUUUUUAUGGAGAAGCACUAUAAUAGGCACAGGCGUUUGAUUAAUGAUGCUGCUUAAUCUCAGCUAUAUAUAUAUAUAUAUAUAUAUAUAUAUAAUAUCCUCGUGAUCAGAAUUACAGAAGCUUCAGUUGCGUACCAACUCCCAAGGGAGAGGAGAAAGG